GCGUGUGAAGCACCAUUCACUUCCUUUCUCCACUCUGUUUCUUUCUUUUCAAUGAUCAUGGCUGCACGCAAUAACACCAGCCAUGUUUGCUAAUUUGGAGCCUAGAGGUUAGCGAUUAGCUACCUAUUUACUAUUUACAUCGGCUUUGGCCUCUUCUGUUUCAUCUUAAAUUGGAAACCCAAAUACACGGACUUCUUGGAAAACAAAGAUUGCAAGAUGGAGGCAAAUAACCAGUACAACUUUGGGGGCCACCCCGCGGUGUCUGCAAACUCAGGACUGAAGCCGUCCUCGGGGGAGUCUCUCUAUACCAACGGCUCCUCCAUGAGCUUCUCUCAGCAGGGAAAGAACCUCAAUGGCGACUUGAAUGUGAAUGGCGUCACUACUGUAGCUGGGACCAGCGUGGCUGGCCCACACCCCCCCACCUCUUACUCACACAUGACCGGUCACCACCAGCACCACAGCAGCCUGGGCUACGACUAUCUGUGGGGCCCGCCUCAGUACAGCCCUGCCACGGGUGCUGGCCAGGGGGCCGCCAUGCACCACAAGCAGGGCCCCGGGCUACAGCAGCACUUCCAGGGCCAUGCCCAGUACCAGGCUAAUGGCUCCCGGCAGGCCCCUGCAACCGCCCCGCCCAACGUCACCCUGACAGGGGGCCAGUACUGGAGUAGGGGCAGCCCCACCCAGCAGCAUGGUGGUUCUCCCAUGGCAGCAGGGUACAGCUCCCAUGGUGGGUACGGGGCCUACCAGGGCCAUGUGCACCCUGGCAUGGCCCCCACCCAACAUCAUCGGCAGCAGCUCCACCCACAGGCACACCUCCACCACCACCACCAUCCGCAAUCUCAGCAUCAGCAACAUCAGCAGCAGCAGCAGCAGCAGCAGCAGCAUCAUCAUUAUGGCAUGGUGCCUAAUGGGAUGUCCUACUACCAGUUCCAGGCUCCACCCCAUUCUCAGGGCCUACCCCUGUCACAGGCUCCGCCCCAUUCUCAGACUCCUCCCCUCUCACAGACACUGACGCAUUCUCAGACUCCUCCCCUCUCACAGACACUGACGCAUUCUCAGGCCUUCCCUCACUCUCAGGCUCCACCCCAAUCCCAGGCUCUCACCCGUUCUCAGGCCCCACCUCAUUCUCAGGCCCUGCCCCACACUCAGACUUCACCUCACUCUCAGACACCACCCCUCUCGCAGGCAUCUCCACACUCACAGGCCCUGACCCAUUCCCAGAGCGUGUCCCACUCCCAGACUCCACCCCACUCCCAAACCCCGCCCCACUCACAAACUCUGCCGCUCCCACAGGCCCUGUCCCACGCCCAGACUCCACCCCACUCCCAAACGUCACCCCACUCCCAAACCCCGCCCCACUCCCAAGCUCUCCCCCUCUCACAGGCCUUGCCCCUUUCUCAGGGCCUGCCCCACCCACAGACCCCACCCCUCUCCCAGGCAUCUCCUCACUCCCAGACUCCACCCCAAUCGCAGGCCCCACCCUCGGCUCAGUUCCCCCCGCUGACGCAGAUAAUGCCCCAAAUCCCACAGAACUUCACCCCGCCUCGCCAUAGCCCCCAGCACCACAGCGUGAGCCGGAUGGCUCCCGGAAGCCCCCUCCCAUUGCGGGCCUCCCCUGUGCCGGUAAUGCCCCCCUCAAGUAGCCCCCUUCCCUUGCAGGCACCCCCUGUGCCAAUAAUGCCCUCCAUGCGGGAGAACGGGGCUUUGGUUCGAGAUGGCCCCCUGGGGCGCUCCGGUUCCCAGCCUGCUGGCUCCCAAGGGAGUUCCCAUGAGAUCUAUGAUGGCAUGGACAGCAGCUAUGGCCGGGUGGAGAGCAUUUCGGCUCCCCAGCGCCCGCCCCAGGCGGAGGGAUUUUCUCACCGGCUGGCCGCCUUUACUGCUGGGGCACAGGGUGAUUUCAGGCAGCGGGCUCAGCUCUUCCCUCCUGACCCGGGACACCUUGCAGCCAAGCGUUACAAGGAAGGAGACCCGUUGAGGGACGUUGGUCCUGCCGCCUUUACCGGCCCUCAAGCGGCCCCUGCCCCUCCUACGGUCCCUGCUCCCUCCUUGCCGCCUGCCCCUAAAACGGUCCCUCUUUCAUCUGCAGCACCUUCUCCUCCAAUGGUCCCUGCUCCCUCUGUGGCAGCUGCCCCUAAAACGGUCCCUGCUCCCUCUGUGGCACCUGCCCCUAAAAUGGUCCCAGUUCCUUCUCUGACACCUACCCCUAAAACGGUUCCGAUUCCCUCUGCAGCACCUGCCCCUAAAAUGGUCCCUGUUCCUUCUGCAGCGCCUGCUCCUCCAAUGGUCCCUGUUCCAUCUUUGUCACCUGCCCCUAAACCUGUCCCUGUUCCCUCUUUGGCACCUGCCCCUCCAAUGGUCCCCGUUCCCUCUCUGGCACCAGCCUCUAAACCUGUCCCUGUUCCCUCUGCAGCACCUGCCCUUAAAACGGUCCCUGUUCCCUCUACGGCACCUGCCCCUCCAAUGGUCCCCGUUCCCUCUCUGGCACCAGCCUCUAAACCUAUCCCUGUUCCCUCAGCAGCACCUGCCCUUAAAACGGUCCCUGUUCCCUCUACGGCACCUGCCCCUCCAAUGGUCCCUGCUCCUUCUUUGGCACCUUCCCCAUCAACAUUUUCUGUUCCCUCUGCAGUGCCUGCCCUUAAACCGCUCCCCGCUCCCCCUGCAACACCUGCCCCUAAAAUAGUCCAUGCUCCCUCUGUGUCGCCUGUUGCUCCAGCAGGUCUCCUGUCCCUUGCUCCUCAGACUUUCCCUGCAGUUAAGUCUGCUCCAGCUAUAGCAGCUGCUCAUCCUGUGGCACCUGUUCCUCAGACUGUCCCUGUAACGCAUUCUCCUUCUAUAGCCCCUGCUCCUCCCGCAGGUCCCGCACCUCCAGCGGUGCCUUCCACUCCCAUGGCACCUGCUCUUUCUGUGACUGCUGCUCCUCCUCCACUUGUCUCAGUGGAAACUAAGUCGGAGCAGUCCAGGAUCUUUCUGCCCAAGCAGGCCCCUGUCCCUGAUCUUGCCGCCAACCAGGAUGCAGUGGGCUUCAAGGGCUCAGAUGCAUUGACUGCUCACCAUCGCAAGUCUCCUCUGGUUGGUGGGCUCUUGGAUGCGGGAUCAGGGGCUGGAGAGUGUGGGGGAGGGCCUCAAAGCAACAAGUCCCGGCCCGUCAGCCAUGGGGACGGCCCCUCCCUGACAGGACAGUGCCCCUCCAGGGACGCCGGGACACGAGAGGCUGUUGCCCUGGAUGAUGCGCCUGGAAACACCUCCCUUGCUGAAAGCCCAUUGGCUGACGAGAGCUGGGUCACGGAGGACUCUGAAGAGGCUGACGUGUCUGACAAAGAGGAAACGGCGGUAAUUGGCUCUGCCGCUGAGGAUUCCCAAGCUGACUAUUCCUCUGUUCUGGAAGAGUCCUUCAACAAGGCCUCCCAGAGUGCUAUAUCCUUGUCCUCCACCUCUGAUGAUUCUAAUGAGGCACAGGAAAUGGGUGGCCAUGAUGCCCCUGAUUCAGCUAAGGGCUGCUCUCUGGUUCAACAAGAUGAGGAGCUGCCAGUAAAAGACACAGCACUGACACAAUCUGCACCCAUAGUCAGUCACACCAAACUCCCAAACGCUGGAACCCCUGUGGAGACUACCCCCAAAACCCACACCCUCCCUUUCCACGUACCCCCGGAGUCCCUGGUGUCUACAGCAGUAGAGGGAGGGGUCCGAACCACAGAGGGGAGGAAGAAAGGGGAGCAGAAGAAAAAGGGGGUGACCGCAACAGUGGCCUCUGAGGGUAGGGCCAAUCUCGCUAAGGGUCAGCCCACCCAUCACCAAGAGCCAGUCGGCUCGCCCCCCGGGCCUGGCCCCUCCCAACAUCCCAAUGCAGUUACUCCAAAACCCCGGAAAAGGGUGAGAAAAGAAGAGAAGGUGGCAAAAGAAGCAAAGAAAGCAAAAAAAGAACAGCUGAAAACGAAGAAAGGCCUGGUCAAGGGAACGGUCAAGCGGGCCGCAAAGGGGGCUUCAAAGGGCACUGCAAAAUUACCCAAAACUCCAAAGGUGGAGGCCCCAGCACAGGAGGAGGAUGACGAGGAUGAGGAAGAAGCCACAGCCAAUGGGGAGGUGCAGCGCAGGAGGAUCGCGACGGAGGAGCAAGUGAAGUUUCCCCUUCUGAACGGGUGGAAGCGGGAGGUUCGCGUGCGGAAGUGUGAGAAUCGGCUGAAAGGAGAGACCUGGUACUACAGCCCCUGCGGGAAGAGGAUGAAGCAGUUCCCCGAGGUCAUCAAGUAUCUGAGCCGCCACCCCGUCACGGUGGUGACCAGGGAGCACUUCAGCUUCAGCCCCCGCAUGCCCGUGGGCGACUUCUACGAGGAGCGCGAGACACCGGAGGGUAUGGACUGGUUCCUCCUGGCAGAUGAGCAGGUGCCCUCCAUGAUAAUGGCCAUUACGGGCCGGCGUGGUCGUCCCCCAAAUCCGGACAGGGUGCGUCCUCGUGCCAGGGCCCGUGCUCGGGGAACUCGCAACCAGAAGGGCCCUGCCCGCCGCCCAGGGAGGCCCCCCAAAGCUAAGAUGGCUGACCUGCUGCUGAAGAAGCUGGAGGUGCAAGAGACACUGAGUGAAGAAGAGAAGGAGAAGCUGAUUAAGAUGAUGAAGAAGAUGCGACGGAAGGCCAAGAACAAAAAGAAGGAAGACUCCAAGCCUAAAAAGGUCCGACAGUGGGUGUGGAAAGCCAAGAGCCGCAAAAAGGGGGUGUGGGGCGCGGAGCAAGGCCAAGGCACUGGCCAGGCCAAGGCAGAAGCGGAGGCGCAGGCCCAGGCUGCUGCAGCCGCCAAGAGGCAGGCGGAGCGCCGCGCCCAGGCCCAGCGCCGCCUGCAAGAGAGGAAGAGGCAGCAGCUGCUCCUGGAGGAGCUGAAAAAGCCAACGGAAGACAUGUGCAUCACUGACCACAAGGCGCUGCCUGUGUUCUCCCGGCUGCCGGGCCUGGUGGUGUCGGGUCAGGCUUUCUCGCACUGCCUGAUGGUGGUGGAGUUCCUGCACAGCUAUGGGAAGGUGGUGGGGCUGCAGGUGCCCCGGGACGUGCAGCUGGCCUCCCUGCAGGAGGGGCUCCUGGGCCUGGGAGACACAGGGGAGCUGCAGGACCUGCUGGUGAAGCUGGUGCAGGCUGCCCUGCGUGAUCCGGGACUGCCCCCGUAUUACCAGUCGGUGAAGAUCCUGGGGGAGAAGCUGGUGGACCUGGAGCUGAACCGCAGCAGCGUGUCGGAGGGCCUGCGCAUAUUCCUGGAGGCGCGCGGGUUCGAGGCCAAAAUCUGCAACGGCCUGCGCUCCAAGCCCUUCCAGGCGCUGGCCCCCGACGCCAAGGCCGCCAUGCUGGCCUUCCUGGUGGACGAGCUCAACAGCAGCACCAUCGUCAUCAGCGAGAUUGAUAAGACACUGGAGAACAUGGCUAUCUACAGGAAGAACAAAUGGGGCAUCGAGGCAAACUGCGCAGGUAAGCUUCCCCUGCUGAAGGCUGCGCUGGCGCGGAGGACAGGGCGCUCGGAGGCACAGCUGUGCCUGGAGGAGCGGAGGCGCAGCGCCCGCGUGGCGGAGGAGGAGAGCCUGAGCAUGGAGGAGAGCGUGGUACUGGAGAGGGGCAGCCGCCGCCGCACCCCACCGCGAGGAGCCCAAACUCAGGGAGAGAGCCCCACCACGGCCAGUAUCCCUGAACUGGAGCGACAGAUCGAUAAGCUAACCAAGCGUCAGGUAUUUUUUCGUAAGAAGCUGCUUCAAUGCUCCCACACCAUGCGGGCGGUGUCUCUGGGCCAGGACCGGUUCCGCCGCCGAUACUGGGUUCUGCCUCACCUCGGGGGGGUUCUGGUGGAGGGAGCGGAGGAGAUCCUGGGAUCAGGGGAUGUGUUUGUGAAGGAGGAGGAGGAGCCCCGGGUCCUGGCUGAGCUCCCCGUUUCGCCUGUGAAGACCGAGCCGGCGGCCGACCUGAGCGUCUCCCCGCCGGCCGCCCCCCCUCAGGAGGAGGACCCCCUCCCCGGCACGGCCUCUCUGAUGAGCAGCCCCCGGGGGCGGGGCCGGCCUCGCAAGAUCAAGCCGGAGGUGGAGCUCCACCUGAGAACCGCCAAGAACCGGCGCCGCCGCCGCAGCAGCAAGGCCGGGGCGGAGGAGUCCGCCCCCGCCGGCCCGGCCAAUCACAACGGCUAUGACGUCACGCAGUCCGCCUUCCUCACCUGGCUCGGCCAGUCCCAGGGCUCGCUCCAGGGGUCGGCGAGCGACGGGCUGCCGGGGGCGUGCCCUCAGGACGGCGACACGGUGAAGGAAAUGGCGGAGAAGCAGGGACAGUGGUUCAACCUCCUCCCCAAAACGCCCUGCGACGGCUCCUCCCUCUUGCAGUCCUCCCUCCCGAACUCCCUGACCCCGCCUGCUGGCCUCCUGCCUGCCUUCGCCGUUUCUCCCCUGCAGUCCUGCCUGCUGUUCUCGGCCCUUGGCUCCCAGUUGGCCUCCACUCCUCUCCAGAAGCCGGGCGGGAGGAGGAGGAGGGCCUCCGGCCCCUCCCUGACCCGCACUGACCCCUCAGCCCUCGGCUACUCCAUCCCCGGGACCAAGCGGCGUGGCCGCCCCCCCUCCAAACUCCUCCAGGAGAUCGAGCAGAAGUACUUCACCCAGCUCAUCCCACGGCCCAUUCCCACAUGGAUGGUGCGCGGGUGGUGGUGGAUCAGGGAGCCGGAGGAGCUGUCGGCCCUGGUGGAGGCGCUCCACGCGCGGGGCAUCCGGGAGAAGGCUCUGCACAAACACCUGUCCAAGCACAGCGAGUACCUGGCCGAGGUGUGCGCCAACACCAUCAGCGACCCCCUGUUCCAGGAGAGGGCGGAGCCGGACCCCGCCCUGGCCCAGGCGGUGCAGGAGCCGUGGGCGGAGUCGGCGAAGGCCAUGGCGGCUGACCUGAGGGUGCUGCAGUGGGUGGAGGACCUGGAGCAGAGGGUCAUCAUGGCCGACCUGCAGCAGAAGGGCUUCACCCUGCCUGAGCCCGACUCUGCGCGGCCCGACCUGGAGUACCACGAGCACGCGGUGGAGCCUCAGGACGACUGGGUGCUGAAGACCAAGCGGGAGUGGUCGGGCUUCCUGCGGCUGCACAGCAACCCCCUGGACCUGGCCGUGCUGCGGCUGGCGGGGCUGGAGUGCAGCAUCGAGCGCCGCUACCUGAAGGAGCCGCUCUGGAACCUGGCCGAGGUGGUGCGCCUCGCGCCCCUCACCCCCCCGCCCGGAGACCAGCCCCCCGCCGAGCUGGAGAGUGUGGAGAGUGAGAUCACAUCUCGGCUGCGGCUCUGGAGGCAGGCGUUGGAUCGCUGCCGUAGCUCCUCCCAGCUCUCCCUGUGUCUCCUGCAGCUGGAGCGCUCCAUUGCCUGGGAGAGAUCCGUCAUCAGAGUGACGUGCCUGGUGUGCAGGAAGGGCGACAAUGACGAGUUCCUCCUGCUGUGCGACGGCUGUGACCGCGGCUGCCACAUGUACUGCCUGCGGCCCAAGAUCUCCCAGAUCCCCGAGGGGGACUGGUUCUGCCCCGUCUGCAUGCCCAAGGAGAAUGGGGACUCCCAGCGGCCCCGCCGCACCCCCAAGCGGAAGUCCUGCCUGCAGAAGCGACGGGCGACGGGCUAUGGUUCAGCCAGCUCAGACGAGGACCUCAGCCCCCGCAGGGACCGGGGCAUGGCCACGCGGCACAGGGAUGGCCCCGCCCCCUCCCACGCCCGCUUCUCUGGGGAGGGCGCCGGCUCCAGCCACUCGCCGUCCAAACGCCGGCGUAUGGCCACCCGCAACCAGCCCGACCUCACCUUCUGCGAGAUCAUCCUGAUGGAGAUGGAGGCUCAUGCAGACGCCUGGCCUUUCCAGGAGCCUGUGAACCCGCGGCUGGUGCCCGGGUAUCGCCGCAUCAUCAAACACCCCAUGGACUUCCUCACCAUGCGGGAGCGCCUCCUACAGGGAGGGUACUGCAGCUGUGAGGAGUUUGCGGCCGACGCCCAGCUGGUGUUUGAUAACUGCCAGCUGUUUAAUGAGGACACGUCGGACGUGGGCCUGGCCGGGCACGCCAUGAGGCGCUUCUUCGAGAGCCGCUGGGCGGAGUUCUACCAGGACAAGGACCAAUAGAGACGUGCGUGAGGAGCGGGCGGGGCCCGGCUGACCGGACGGCCUCUCCCCCUCCACAGACAUUUCCUGUCCCGACUAAAACCGCCGUGCGCGGUCACCAGUGUAUAAAUGUAUAUUUAUAUUGAUUUCUUAUGUGGUGUUUCUAAACCAGCCGUGUUUUGCUGGACUCACAAAACACUUCCACGCUCCGCUGUCUUGAGAAAGUGUAACAACAGGUUUCUCUCUCUCUCUCUCUCUCUCUCUCCUUCUCUCUCUCACACACACACACACACACACGCACACACACGCGCGCACACAGCCACCCACCCACCCCCGUCACUUUUACUGAACCCAGUUUCUGCGUCCUGCUGUCCCAGUGGUCGUGCAGGGGCGUGUGGUCAGAGGCUGUCUGUUUCUCACGCUCUGGGCAGUGCUGGUCUCACAGCUGACGGGGUGUUCCUCACAGCAAGACCACGUCACUCACACACGUUCGCCCUCACAUGACAUAAAAUGUUUCUUGUUAACGGCUGUCUUCGCCCUGUGCUCAGGGCAUGUAGUGGUCUCCUGGACAGAGGCACAUUGUUUUCUCUUGUUAUUUUUAUGAUAUAUAUAUAUAUAUAUACCAUACACAUAUAUAUGUAUAUAUAUGUAUACAUAUAUAUAUAUAUAAAGGUAAGGAAAUAGCCUGGACUAUUUAAUAGCAAUAGGAUGUAGUGAAUGUGUACAGACCACAUGUUAGAGAUCUAAGAAAUUCAUAAAAUGGCCAGUAAACAGAAUUAUAGGAAAUACUUUUUUUUUUUUUUUUAACUGCCUGACGUAGUCGGGCACCAUGGCCUCCCUGUAACCUGAUGCUGCUUAAUGUGCCAGACUGCCCUUACAAAACAGCUGGGCUCGUCCGCUGAACCAGUCCAGGAUUCCACUCGUCAGGAAUCCCGGAGGGGGGCCCAACGCUCGGUAACGGGGCCGCGUUCCCUGAGUUCUCGCCCCCUCUCCCCCUCCGUAUCAGCGCCUGGUUUAUACUAAAGCAAUAUACUUGAGCAGGGCAGUUCAGUGGGGAAUCGUUUUUUCAUUAGCCCGACCUCAAUGUUGCAGGUUCGAGUCCCGGGUAGGACACUGCUGUACCCUUCUGAAGGUGCCGGGCCAGAACCCCUUUAGUGAGUUACCCAGCUGUAUAAAUGGGUAAGGCGUGAGCUGAAGCUUAAGGCGGUCUGCUUGGCCCGUCACCGAUGUCAUUUAAAGGUGAGCUGCAUCUGGAACGGCCGUUUGCUGGUCAUGCUUCUUUGUGAUGUUCAGGGCUGGAAUCUUUUUAAAAUGUUUAAGUAGCUGAGUGUUUCCGAUCCUUGUGUGUUUAAUGCAGAUCUGCUCUACCACCCUCUCCCCAAAGCCCCAAACCACACUGAACUGUAGUUCUCCUAAACCAGACAAAACUCGCCUAUUAUCCCAAACCACCAAUGGGAUUCCCCCUCCCCCCCCAUCUUCUCAAACCGCAGACAGUAUUCUCUCCUCCCACACCGAAAUCAGACCUCUCAUCCUCCCAAGCCACCGACAGGUCUCCUGCCCCCGCAACUACAGACAAAAUGUGCAUUCACUCAAACCAGACAGAAGUACACAUUAUGAACAGCAUCAGCGCUUGCGGAGAAGGCAAAAGGUGCUUUUUGAAGCAAAAAAAAUGUGAAGAUGGACUAUGAAAAUGAUAAAAAAUAUUUUUUUUUAAUCUGACGGCAUAUAUAGCCGGCGUGUGCUGGUGAUGUGGCAGGGACAGGAAGUGGUUUCUGAGGGUAGAGUGAGCGGAUGUGGAACCUCAAAUAGUCACAUUCUGUCGUUUGGAUAUUGAUGGCACAGUUCCCAAGCUAGUUGCAGCUUUGCUCUUUAGUCAGCAGCAUAGAGUGGGCCCAACAGAAGCAGGCACUGCAGGGGUCUCCUGGAGGUGUGGAGAUUUUAAGUAGUCACCUUGUGUGGGCCCAUUGGUCUGCCCUGCUAGCACCCUUCUUGGCUUUCCUGCGCUGCUUUUGUUGAAACCGUUUCUGUCCUCCCAAUACAACACAACAUGGCGCUGAGUACCUGAUCUGAGCAAUGAGAUACUCAUUUCAACAGGAAAUCAAAUCGGUUAACAGGAAAUGCAUAAUAACUCGCUCCCUCAACAUAGAAUGGGGACGCUGGAUACUUUUUCUAUAACCAAAAUGUGGUGUUUAGUGAAUAAUUUUUAAUAAUGUACAGUUUUCUGUGACUUUAAAUUUAUUCCUUUCUAUAUUUUUAGGACCAAGCUAUCAUUUCUAAGAGGAGGCAUUAAGGAACAUGUUGUACUGAUGUGAUGUUACACGUGUGCAUUUGUACAAUGUACUGUUGAGUUGAAUAAAGCCACAUCUAGUAGAGGUAUAA